AAACCGAGUACCAACAACCUUGUCGUGGUAAGCUCUAUUGAAAACAUAAACAAAAAUCAAAUGAGUCAUUUUAGGGACACAGCGAAUCAUAUUUUUUAUGAGAGUUAUCUUUUAGUUAACUCAUUUAAAUGACUUUGGAAUCUAAUCUUUUCAUCGCAAUGUAUUUUAUAUUUUAUUUCAUUUUUCUAAAAUGAUUCAACUUAUAAUAUAUGAAUCUUAUAAUAGUUAAAUGUUAUCAAAUAUAAAUGUUAUAAUAUAUGUAUUUUAUUAUAUGUUAAUAUUAUAAUAUAUAAAUGUUAUAUUAUAUGAUCUUCAUAAUAUUUGAAUGUCAUACUACAUAACUGUUAUAAUUUAUGCAUCGUAUAAUAUAUAAGAGUUAUUUUGUUUGAAUGUUAAAAUAUAUAAAAGUUAUGAUAUAUGAAUGCUAUAAUUUCAGGAUUUUUAUAAUUUAUGAAUGUAUAUUUUCCAGGAGCAGAUUCAACAAAAACACAAAGUACAACCACCACCACCCGACCAACGACACAAACCACAAGAGCUACAACACCAACAACACGACCUACAACAACUACCCUUGCUACAACAACGACCAGACCUACAACAACAACCAGACCUACAACUAUAAACAUACCUACAACAACAACUACAACACCUAUACCUACAACAACUACAACUCGACCUACAACAACAACUACAACCCGACCUACAUUAACAACUACAACCCGACCUACAACAACCACUACAACCCGACCUACAACAACUACAACCCGACCUACAACAACAACUACAACACCUAUACCUACAACUACAACUCGACCUACAACACCAACAACUACAACCCGACCUACAACACCAACAACAACUACAACAACGACAACAAAAACUCGGCCCACCACAAAAACAACAACUUCCACAACAACUACAACAACUACAACACCUAGACCUACAACAACUUCAGCUUCACCUACAACUACAACCGCUAAGCCAACUACUACCCCAGGUAAAAGUUAUAGGUUUAAUUUUAAAUCUAAUAUUCGCAGUAAUACUUUUUGUACAUUCUUGACGUAUAACAUAUCAUGUUGGCCUGGUUGUCUAAAGGCAUAAUUAUACUAACAUACUGAAACAGGCGAUUUUACCUCAUUUAGCACAAUGACAUGAUACAAUGGAAAGAUUUAGUGGAAUGUCUUUCACUUCGUAGCAAACAGUGCCCCUAUUGGAAUUUGGGUCGCCGAGAACAGAGUCAGGUGACCCAAAGGAGAACAGAGCUUUGCCCUUCUAACACAUGCUUUCAAACGCUAGACAACAGGGUCUCGACCUGUCGAAAUUGCAGCCUAAACACAGAAAUUCUAGCGCAUCUCUUGAUUUAAUGCCCAGGACUAGACGAUGCGGGGAAAGUAAGGUCAGCGGGAGAGUCCAGGGUUAUGAUGAUGUUAUAAUGCACAGCGCCAUCAUAUGGAGCUCGUUGACAAUGUACUAGCCGGCACAGCCCAGCAGAUGGAGCUCGUUGCCAAUGUACUGACCGGCACAGCCCAGCAGAUGGAGCUCGCUGCCAAUGUACUAAUUAUAAGAAGUGUUGGACUGCGAUAAAGCUUUAAAUAGAUUAAAAAGACACGAACAAAUAGUGUCAAUAUAACAAUAUGGGUUAGCUUUAAUAAUAAUUAUACAUCAUACAUAAUUAAACGUUUCGGCACAUGCCUUCAUCAGUACAAACAAACAAAACACCUUUAAAUAAGUAUAAAUUAAAUUUACAUAAUAUCAAUAUAUAUAUCCUACCUAAAACAGAAAAAAUAUAGGAGAGGGCGCUAAAACCAGACAAAAACAAAGUAAAGAGAAGUAGAAAGGAAAUGAUUUUAACAUAAUUGGAAAAACCAAACAGGAAAAAGACAUGGCAGCUAAGUAAAACUAUGGAUUUGGUUCAAUCCAUAUGGAGACAACGUACCAAAUCUAGUUAUUAAUUUGUUCUCCAUAUAGAUUCUAUCUGCAGUGUUACUAGUGUAGAGUAUACCAGCAACUACAAUAUCUGAGAUACCAUUAUGGUUAGGGCUAUUGAAAUGUUUGGAGACCGGACAGAGAGCGUGUUUGUUUAUGUUAUAGAGGUGCUCUCUGAAACGGUCCCCAAGGCGACGACCUAUCUCUCCUAUGUAUAGUUUGCCGCACUUUUUGCAAAUGAUGGUGUAAAUCACUAGUCGGCACAGCCCUGCAGCUUGAGCUCGUUGCCAAUGUUCUAGCCGGCACAGCCCAGCAGAUGGAGCUCGUUGCCAAUGUACUAGUCGGCACAGCCCAGUAGAUGGAGCUCGUUGCCAAUGUACUAGUCGGGGCCUUAAGAGCAUCAGCUCCAACCAUAAACAUAAUAUGUGUUUUAGUGGAAUGAUAACAUGAAUUGAUACAAUAAAAUGAUACACAUGCAAAUGAGAACAAUUCUCACACAAAUAAAAAUUCUAACAGCAUGGAAUAAUUUUAAAACCAGACAUCUUUCCUUGAUUAAUAUUUACAAUAAACGUGUAUAUUGCUACAAGUUAGUUCAUAUAUUUACUUAAUUUUAAAGCAUUAGACACCGAUUAUAAAAUACCUAUUUGUUCUUCUAUUGACCCUUGACAUUUAACCUCAGCACCAACACCACCACCGGUUCAGCCCUGUCAUAACACGACCAAGGCAGACAUCAUCCUCCUGCUGGACGCCUCCACUAGCAUCGGGUCCAUCAACUGGCAGAAGCAGGUCAAAUUCGCCGAUGAAGUUACCCAGGCGUUCACCGUGGGUGCUAAUGACGUCAGAUUCGGUACACUCCUUUUUAACAAGUCGCCGACUAAGAUAUUCGAUUUGAAAACCUACUUCGACCACCAAUCAAUAUCUCAGGUAUUUGUUGUUGACCUUAAUCCAUCCCAUAGGCAGUUACGUACAUAGGCAGUAACAAGCAUAGUAAGUUACGUACUUAGGCUGUUACCUACAUAGACAGUUGCGAACAAAGACAGUUGCGUACAUAGACCAUUAAGUAUAUAGAAAGUUACGUACAUAGUUAAUAACGCACAUAGACAAUUACGUGCAUAGGCAGCUUGAAACAUAGACAGUUACCUACAUAAACAAAUAAGUACAUAGUUAUUUACAUAGGUAGUUAUGUACAUAGGCAGUUACGUACAUAGGCAGUUACGUACAUAGGUAGUUACGUAAAUAGACAGUAACGUACAUAGAAAGUUACGUACGUUGACAAUUAGGUCCAUAGACAGUUACGCACAUAGAAAGGUACGUACAUUGACAAUUACGUACAUAGGCAUUUACGUACAUAAGCAGUUACUUACAUAGACAGUCACCUACAUAUGACUUUACGUGCUUUGCUUGAGACCAUAUUACAGCACAUAUCAACGGUUUAUGUUUAUGUGACAAACACUUUAUAAAUCGAUGUAAAAGUUUGAAGCGCUCAGAAUGGUUCCAUUUACUCUGUGCGACACAAUGCUGUACCGUCAUCAUCAAAUGUUUGUUGAGUAUCAGUCAGCGCGCUAUGAAGCUAUCUUUCCUGUUCUCUAUUGCAUACAUCAGGGUUAAACUCCUAAGGGACACUGUUAAUAAACAGAGCAUGGAUCUUAAAAACAUAUUGACGGUUUCAGUAAAUUCAUAGCGAAUAGUUAUGAUUAAUAUUGGAUUGCAUAUCUUUAGCUUAAACAUUUCAAACAUUAAACUAUUACAUACACAGAUAUUUUGUGUAGAUUGUGCCAUAUCAUAGAAUAUUGUGGACACGUUUCUUAAACAUUAAUAUGACACAAAAAGCACUGAAUAUGUUAUGUCUUAAGCCAUAUGAUAAUACAAAGAAACGUCAUUAGUCACGUUAUAAUACUUAGCAAUAUCUUCAACAUGUUACAAUACAUAGUAAUGGCUUUGAAGAUGUUAUAAUACAUAGCAAUGUCCUUAACCACUGCAUAAUACAUGGACAUGUCUUUAACCAUGUCAUUAUUCUGAGAAAUGUCUUUAACCAUAUGCUACAACAUAGAAAUGUCUUUGACAAUGUGAUACUAGAUAGAAUUGUCUUUAAAUAUGUGAAAGUACAUGGAAGUGUCUUUCACCAUGUCAUAAUACAUGGGGAUGUCUUUGAAAUUUCCUAAUACAUGCAAAUGUCUAUAACCAUGUGAUGACACACAGAUUUGUCUUUGAAAAUGUUUAAACACAUCAUUUUAAAAUUACAGGUACAGAGUUAAGUUUAACGUCAAUGUCAUCCCAAAAUUCCUUGUUCAACACAAUGCUAUCUUUUGAAUUUCCUCUAGGCAUUGAACUCAUGACAAAUUUUCCUGAGUCACUUCAAGUAUUCGUAACGUGCUAGUCUUAACGUAGUCAAUUUAAAGUCACCUGUUACUUUAAAAGAAAAAAAAAUAUAAUUGAUACAACAACAAAAAAACGUGCUUGAAAUCCAUCUAUUUGUUUUCUUGCUCAGGCAAUAUUAAGCAUAGAGUACCCCUACCGCAGUGGCACCAACACUCACCUGGGUCUGAAGGAGAUACGGGAGCAGAAGCUGUUCAGUCCAGAGAAUGGUGGCAGAGAUGGUGUCAAAAAUAUUGUCAUUGUCAUGACGGACGGGCUGUCGACCUCACCCACUCUAAGUAAGUCAGCCAAUGUCAUUGUGUCAGUCAGUCAGCAAGCAGUCUUUAAGUCGAUGUGAUUGCAUUAAAAUGGCAGUUACUGCCACUGUAUCAUCUCUCGGUAAGUCAGCCACUGACAUUUGAUAAGUAAGUUAGCCACAGUCACGUAAUCAGUAAGUCAGCUUCUGAAUCAAUAUGUCACAAAUUAUGUCUCAGUAUAACAGACACUGUCAGGUAUCAAUAUGCCAGACAUGGUCACAUGUCAUCAUCUCUCCGUAUGUUAGCCACUAAUAUAGUAUCAAAAUUAAACUCACUGUCAGGUACCAAUAUAUACAAGUAACUGUCAGGUAUUAAUAUUUCAGCCACUGUCAUGGUAUCAAUAUGCGAGACACUGUCACGGAAUCAGCUCUCGGGAUGACAAUCACUUUCCCAGCAUCUGUGUCAGCCAAUGUCUUGCUAUUUGUGUCAAUGCUAUUUGUGUCAGUCACAAUACAUGAUCUGAUUCGUGGGUUUACUCUCCUGACUCUCGCCUCUUUAUAUUCGUAUAACAUACAUAUGAUAUAAUAUAUGACACCCAAAAUACUUACUAAAUAAUACAUAACACUUUACAUACAUAUGAUACAAUACAUGAUACCUUACAUAGAUAUUAUAUAAUACAUGACUAUUCAUACAAAUAUGUUUCUUUUAUAUGUAAGUGCAAACAAUCAAUGUAUUGAUCAGUGUGACUCCUAUGUAUGUAGAGGUACUUGCAAUGUUGCCGUGCCUGGUAUUGAAGAAGAUAUAUCACUGGUUGCAAGGGCCACUCAGUGAGCGUAUUGGGAACUGGGGUUUGGACGAUUUACAUAUAAUAUUAUACACGACGCCUAACAUACACAUGAUUUAAUACAUGCCAUCUUAUAUACAUAUAAUUUAAUACUUGACAACAUACAUUCAUAUGACAUAACACAUGACACCUUUCAAAGAUAUAUCUACAAUCUUACCAUACCCUGCAGUUUUCUUCUCUCAUUCUCACCUUCACUCAUUAGGUGGUAACUUUGAAGUUGUCGGCGCUUCAGUUGGCCUGCACAAUAGAGCCUAAUAUCAAAGUGUACUAAAAAAUGAUUCUCCUCAUUCCAUGUUUGUUAAGCCCAGGAAGAGGCCACGCUUCUGAAAAAUGAGGACGUGACCCUGAUAUCCGUGGGCAUCGGGUCGGGCGUCGACAAGACUGAACUCCAGGGCAUCGCCAGUAAACCUGCGUAUGUGUUCCUAACCGGCGGUUACAACCUCUUGGACUUCAUCAAGAAGGACUUGGUCCAAAUGACUUGUGAAAGUAAGUAAAGACGUUAAUAUGGAUGUUGAACACGUUUAGACAGAAAUUAGAAAUACUUUUAAAACAACCCGAAAAACUAUUGUUUUUUGUAUAAAUGCUGUAUAAAAUAUAAUAACGAGAAAUGCUGCGUGGGGGAGGGGGGUAGGGCUGAAAAUUUGACAAACCAUGCAUAAAUGUCACGCCUUUUAAAAGAAUCCCUAUUAAGUGAUUUCCCCAACCCCUCCCAAGUCGAGCAUCUGCAUAUUUUAUUCACGCCCCUGAACUAUAUAAAUAUUCUAAAUAACAACCCACUUUGACAUCACAGAUUUACAAAAUUCACUAUUUCAGAAAAAAAGAAAGACAAUAUUAAUCACCAAACGCACUUGCGAUUUUUGUAAGACUGUUAUUUAGCGCAGUUAUCAGCCAUUUGAUUUAGUAAAAAUCAGUGGCGUCAUAUAUCCUUCAUCUUCCCCUUGUAAAUUAAGAAAUAAAUAAUUUUGGGGGCUGGUGUAGGGGAUGGGACUUAAAAUAGAUAGACUUUUGCCAUCGGCGUGUCUAAAUGCCAAGUUUAAGCUCGAUAUGUUCUCGUGAAGUGGGUCGAUUAGCCAUUCAAAUAUUUUACAAGCCAGAAAGACAUAAACGGUAGCGAGGUUAAUAUAAAGGUUUUAACAAGUGCACAGUUGGUAAUAUUUAAAAAAAAAAAAAAAAUUAUAAUUGGGAAACAACAUCUUUUAACAUUGAGUUUAAAUUCCCGUCGAUGUUCCAUUUAUAAAUGAAAUACAUGUUUGUAUUUAGUUGUUUUUUUUUUCAUUCUUCUUCUAAAAAUCCGUUUCGCUUCUCUAACUUAACUUCUGGGAAGUCUAAAAUUUAAUGACUGUUCCAAUGUUGAUCAUCACCAUGGCGCGUCAUCACAUUACCAAACAUUGUCUCUUAAUCAAACUCUGCAAGUAAAUAGUCAGAUGCUUAUUGUUGAUGAUUGCCAAUUUAUACAAUUGGAUGAAUGCAUUAUCUUAAUUGCAGGUGUUUCCAACUAGGACACAGCACGUGACCUGUUUUGAUGACGUUCAAACCUUUGAUAAACUGCAAGAUAAUGACACAUCGUUGAUGACAUUAAAUUCUGAAAAAAACAUUUGGUGUCAAUUCUAUCGUGUGCUCUUGUGUUUCUACAUGUUGUUCAUUAAAAGAUUUGCCCC